GGUCCUCCUCCUCCUCCUCCUCCUCCACCUCCUCUCUGCCUCCUCCUCCUCCUCCCCCCGCGCUCCUCCCUCCCCGCGCCUCCCUCGCCCGCCCGCCCUCCUUCUUCCCUCCGCACGUUCGGGGAUCGCGGCGGAGCGCGGCGCGGGGGGGACGCGGAGAGCUGGGGCGCAGCAGCAUCUUGCGGGCGGCCGCUCUCCGGGGGGGAGGCUGAGAGCAGGCCCGCCUCGCCCCCCCCGCGGGCCCGCCGCCCCUCCCUCCCUGCUCUCAGCCCGGCAGCAGCGGCGGCGGCGGCGGCGGCAGUGGCAGUCGCCGGAGAAGCAUCAUGCCGAGGAGGAAGCAGCAGGCGCCCCGGCGCGCAGCAGCCUAUGUUUCUGAUGAGUUAAAGGCGGCUGCCCUGGUAGAGGAAGACAUAGACCCAGAAGAGCACACGACAGAUGGCGAACCCUCGGCCAAGUACAUGUGCCAGGAGAAGGAGCUCACCAAGACUUGCCCCAGCUACCAGAACUCCCCGGCGGCUGAGUUUUCUAGCCACGAAAUGGACAGCGAGUCGCACAUCAGUGAGACCAGUGACCGAAUGGCUGACUUUGAAAGCAGUUCCAUCAAGAACGAAGAAGAGACCAAGGAGGUCACAGCUCCCCUGGAGGACACAACCGUGUCGGACAGCCUGGAGCAAAUGAAGGCCGUGUAUAACAAUUUCUUGUCCAACUCCUACUGGUCCAACCUCAGCCUCAACCUGCACCAGCCCUCCUCAGAGAAGAAUGCAGGUGGCAGCAGCAGCAGUAGCAGCAGCAGCAGCAGCAGCUGUGGCAGUGGCAGCUUCGACUGGCACCAGAGCGCCAUGGCCAAGACUUUGCAACAGGUGUCACAGAGCCGGAUGCUGCCCGAGCCCAGUCUCUUCAGCACCGUGCAGCUGUAUCGCCAGAGCAGCAAACUCUAUGGAUCUAUCUUUACGGGAGCCAGCAAGUUCCGCUGUAAAGAUUGCAGUGCUGCCUACGACACCCUGGUGGAGCUGACCGUGCACAUGAACGAGACCGGGCACUACCGCGAUGACAACCACGAGACGGAUAACAACAACCCCAAGCGAUGGUCGAAGCCUCGCAAGCGUUCCUUGCUGGAGAUGGAGGGGAAGGAGGAUGCACAGAAGGUACUUAAGUGCAUGUACUGUGGUCACUCCUUCGAGUCUCUGCAGGACUUAAGUGUGCAUAUGAUCAAAACGAAACACUACCAAAAAGUGCCUCUGAAGGAACCCGUCACACCUGUCGCCACCAAAAUCAUUCCCACCACUCGGAAGAAAACAUCCCUGGAGCUGGAACUCCCAAGCUCCCCGGAUUCCACUGGUGGGACCCCCAAAGCCACCAUGGCAGACACCAGCGAUGCACUACAGAAGAACUCCAACCCCUACAUUACACCAAAUAAUCGGUACGGCCACCAGAACGGGGCCAGCUACGCGUGGCACUUUGAGGCACGGAAGUCACAGAUCCUGAAGUGCAUGGAGUGUGGCAGCUCCCACGACACACUGCAGGAGCUCACAGCCCAUAUGAUGGUCACCGGCCACUUUAUCAAGGUCACUAACUCAGCCAUGAAGAAAGGCAAGCCCAUAAUGGAGACGCCUGUCACACCCACCAUCACUACCUUGCUGGAUGAGAAGGUACAGUCGGUGCCCCUGGCAGCCACCACUUUCACAUCCCCCUCCAACACACCUGCGAGUGUCUCCCCAAAACUAAAUAUAGAGGUCAAGAAAGAAGUUGACAAGGACAGAGCGGUCACAGAGGAGAAGCCCAAGGAAGAGAAACCCAGCGAGGAAGAGGAAAAGUAUGGCAUCUCUUCCAAGUACCAUUAUUUGACUGAAAAUGACUUAGAAGAGAACCCCAAGGGUGGUUUGGACAUCCUGAAAUCGCUAGAAAACACGGUGACAUCCGCCAUCAACAAGGCCCAGAAUGGCACCCCCAGCUGGGGGGGCUACCCCAGCAUCCAUGCUGCCUAUCAGCUCCCUAACAUGAUGAAGCUGUCCCUAGGCUCCUCUGGCAAAAGCACACCCUUAAAACCCAUGUUUGGGAACAGCGAGAUUGUGUCCCCCACAAAAUCCCAGACCCUGGUCUCUCCACCCAACAGCCAGACCUCCCCAAUGCCCAAGACCAACUUCCACGCCAUGGAAGAGCUGGUGAAAAAAGUCACCGAGAAAGUUGCCAAAGUCGAGGAGAAAAUGAAAGAACCAGAGGGCAAGCUCUCUCCUCCACCCAAGCGGGCCACUCCCUCCCCUUGCAGCAGCGAGCUCAGUGAGCCCAUCAAGAUGGAGGCAGCCAGUGACGGGGGCUUUAAAAGCCAGGAGAGCAGCCCCAGCCCCCCGAGGGAUGGCUGCAAGGAAGGGAGCCCCGUGGCAGAGCCGGUGGAGAAUGGCAAGGAGCUGGUGAAACCCCUGGGCAGCGGCCUGGGUGGCAGCACGGCCAUCAUCACUGAGCAUCCUCCAGAGCAGCCUUUUGUGAACCCUCUGAGUGCCCUGCAGUCAGUAAUGAACCUCCACCUGGGCAAGGCGGCCAAGCCCUCGCUGCCAGCACUGGACCCUAUGAGUAUGCUUUUCAAGAUGAGUAACAGCCUGGCUGAGAAGGCAGCCGUGGCCACCCCGCCACCCCUCCAGGCCAAGAAGGCUGACCACCUGGACCGCUAUUUCUACCAUGUGAGCAACGACCAGCCCAUAGAUCUGACGAAAGGCAAGAGUGACAAAGUCUGCUCUUUGGGUUCAGGGCUUUUGUCCCCCACGUCCACAUCCCCGGCAACCUCCUCAACCACGAUGACAACGGCGAAGACAUCUGCCGUCGUAUCGUUCAUGUCAAACUCGCCUCUGCGCGAGAACGCCUUGUCAGAUAUCUCUGAUAUGCUGAAGAACUUGACAGAGAGCCACACGUCAAAAUCCUCCACUCCUUCCAGCAUCUCCGAGAAGUCUGACAUUGACGGGGCCACCCUGGAGGAGGCCGAGGAGUCGACGCCCGCACAGAAGAGGAAAGGCCGCCAAUCCAACUGGAACCCCCAGCACCUGCUGAUCCUCCAAGCCCAGUUUGCAGCCAGCCUGCGACAGACCUCGGAGGGGAAGUAUAUCAUGUCAGACCUGAGUCCUCAGGAGCGCAUGCACAUCUCCAGGUUCACCGGCCUCUCCAUGACCACCAUCAGCCACUGGCUGGCCAACGUGAAGUACCAGCUUCGAAGGACAGGAGGAACAAAGUUCCUUAAAAACUUGGACACCGGUCACCCCGUGUUUUUUUGUAAUGACUGUGCAUCACAAAUCAGGACUCCUUCCACGUACAUCAGUCACUUAGAGUCACAUCUAGGCUUCCGGCUACGAGACUUAUCCAAAUUGUCCACCGAACAGAUUAACAAUCAGAUAGCACAAACCAAGUCACCAUCAGACAAACUGGUGACGUCCUCCCCGGAGGAGGACCUGGGGACCUCCUAUCAGUGUAAGCUGUGCAACCGGACUUUUGCCAGCAAGCAUGCAGUUAAACUUCACCUUAGCAAAACGCACGGGAAGUCACCAGAAGACCACCUUCUGUAUGUGUCCGAGCUGGAGAAGCAGUAGCAUCUGCUUCCCAUGCACAGGACUGUGGCUUGCUUAGAGGGACACUGUGGAAGGCACGUUGAGGCCCCCCGUCUUGUUCUUGGCACACGUUCUUACGUUAACUGCAGAGACUCACUCUGGGCUGGACUGUUUUGUAUAACUGUACAGUAUUUAAUAGAGGUGCAUAAUCGGCUAUUGUUACUGGUAAAAUAUAAAGGUUUAAAACGCAGUGGUAAGUGUUUGGAACUUUGUGUAAAUGGGAUUUAGUGUGAACCCCCUUCUCCCUCCUCCCCCCACCCCGAUGCUUCAAGCUGCAUGCAUUAACAGUUUAAUUAAGCAUUUAUAAUAAAAGCGGGCACACUUUUUCCACGAGACUUGAGUGUGCUGGCGUUUCUCACCCCUUUCAUCUUUAGCCCUCUGAGUACUUUGAAAGCACUUUUGCAUUAAUUUGGUUAAAAAAAAACAAAAUAAUAACAAUAAUAAUGUAUGAAGCUCUGUUUUUGAAACUCCUUACCAGCUUGGUUAAAAUGAAUAAUAAUACAAACCUCCAUUUAUGCAGGUCUGCAGGGGUAUAACACGCCUUGAAAUUUAAAAGAACAUUAUUUUCACAUUGAAACAUAGAUGUAUAUAUUGUAUAGAUUCCAGACUCUUAUGGAAAAAUGUGAUUGUGGUUAAAUGAUCUUUUUCUUUUUUUUUUUUGCAUUUAUAGAAACAGUGUUUUAUGUUCCUGCUAUGCGCUGGGCAGAAGCUGUGCCUAUGUAAUAUUGUAUAUUUCCUUUUCUUUUUCUUUUUUAAAGUCUAUGGUUGUUUUUUUUUUACAUGGAAACAUUGUAAAUUAUACAGAAAAUACCACAGAUAGCAUUUAUAAAGUAUACAAAAACAUUAUUGCAAAGCAAAGUAUGAUUGUUUGUUUUGCUAUACAGUACAUCUAUAUUGAUAGAGGUUCAUGUUUAAAUUAUACGUAUUUAUUAGUGUCAUAUUAGCAUUUGUUUCGAAGCCAGGAAGUCCAUCCCUGGCAGGCAUCAGAAACUAUUUUGCACAUGAUUUUUAAAGGUAUUUAUUAGAAAUUAAAGAACGCUCAAAAUCAACUCAGUGCUCAAAGGGUUAAGUCUAUUUGAAAAGGAAAAAAAAAAAAAAACCAGAACAACAACAAAAAGAACUUGUACUGUAUUUCUUAAACAUUGAUCAAGCCUUUAAAAUGUUUGUACUGUAAUACUUUGCUUAAAAAAAGUCACGAGGCGUUCUGUGAUUUCCCACCUAUCUUGGUUGUGAUUUCAUAUUGUAUGAUGCCUUUUUAUUUCCAUUGGUAACUUUGUUUUGUUCUUUCUAAUUAUUCUCCCAAGAUCCCACACUGCAGUUUUAUCUUUAGGUUUAUGAAAGGUAACCCCUGGUUACCAGCUCUCCAAGUCAUUCCGUUCUCCAUUUUUGGCAGUUUAUUUGCAGUAACUGACAGCUGACGCCAUAUGAGAACCUAUGUAUAAAAUAUCGACAUGUAAGCAACACAGACACCGAACAUACUCUGUGCCCUGUUUUGUUGUUGACAAUGAAACACCAUUAUGUGACUCUUCAUAUAACCCUUUUUUCUACGGCAGCAUUAAAAUUGUCUUUUUUGCUAUAA